AUGGGGGCUUACUCGCUACCCAAGGGACCUUUGACCUCCCAGAUCAUCAACGUUCUCGAGACGCCACCGCACUCCCCCGAGGCUCCAGCCUCUCCCCACCCCGAGUCUAGACCCUUGGUGGUCUCAGCGCAGGGCCACCACUUGUUCCUCGAGGAUGGUCGCCAGAUCCUCGAUGCUUGUGGCGGAGCUGCCGUUUCCUGCUUGGGUUACGGGAACCAGGAAAUCAUCGAGGCCGUUGCGAGCCAGGCUGCGGAGGUGCCCUACGUGCCGUGGGCGUUCUUUGACACUUAUAGCACGAGACGGCUCUCGGAUUGGCUGAUCAAGAGUACUGGCGGGGCUAUGGGAAAGGUUUACAUCAUGUCAUCUGGAUCCGAUGCUGUAGAGGGUAGCUUGAAACUAGCGCGCGAGUACUUCGUCUGGAAAGGUGAGGCCAGGAGGGUCAACUUCAUAGCUCGCCAAAGCUCCUACCACGGCACCACGCUCGGCGCCCUUUCCCUAUCGGGACACGCAGCCCGCCGUGGUCCGUUCGAGGACCUUCUCUCACGCCACGUGCACCGCGUAUCCUCGUGUAAUCCGUACCGCCAGAGACAUCCCGGCGAAUCGGAUGCGGCUUUCUGCGCCAGAAAAGCCCAAGAGCUCGAGGACGUCUUCCUCCGACUUGGUCCCGAAACGGUAGCGGCCUUCGUAGCGGAACCGGUCGUCGGGGCGGCUCUCGGCUGCGUGCCGUCCGUACCGGGAUACUUCCAAGCCAUGAAGAGCGUCUGCGACAAGUACGGCGCGCUUCUCAUCCUAGACGAAAUCAUGUCCGGGAUGGGGCGGACGGGCACGCUCCACGCGUGGGAGCAAGAAGGCGUCGUGCCGGACAUCCAAACGAUCGGCAAAGGUCUCGGCGGCGGGUACCAGCCUGUGUCGGCCGUACUCGUCGGUCGCAGGAUCCUGGACCAGAUGGAGAAGUGCGGAGCUGCCUUUAACAACGGCCACACGUACCAAGAUUUCCCCGUCGCGGCGGCGGCGGCGCUCAAGGUGCAGGAGAUCAUCCAGGAGAGGAACCUGCUGGCGAACGUGGUGGCGCAGGGGGAGUUCUUGAGCCGGAGGCUGAAGGAGAGGCUUGGUGGACAUCCCAACGUGGCGGAUAUUCGUGGCAGGGGCUUGUUUUGGGGCGUGGAGUUUGUCAAAGAUAGGGCUACGAAGGAGCCGUUUGAUGAGGGACUUUUGAUCGCUAAGCGAAUCCACGAGGCGGCUCUGAGCGAGCCGUUUAAUCUUAUGGUGUACUAUGGGCAGGGGUGUGCCGGGGGUCGAAAGGGAGAUCAUGUUAUGCUUUGUCCGGCGUAUGAUGUCAGUGGGGAGGAGGUUGAGGAUAUGGUAGAGCGGAUAGGCGGUGCUGUGGAGGAGGUAUUAGGGGCUCAGGGUAAGUUGGAUAAGUUGGAGAAACUGUAG